UUUUUGUGACAUUUCCAAAAACUAGAAAAGUUGUAUCGUUCUUUCAUGUUAAGGAAGGGCCCUAAAAUAUUUGUAUAAUGACAAAAAUAAUAAGUUGGUAAUGGUUUUACAUCACACAAUCUACAGUAACGUGUUGUAAGAGAUUCUAGUUCGAGUUAUUUAAGUUAUUACUUCAUUUGUAACAAAAAGUUGUGUGUGAAUAUUUCAAAUGACGGACACCAAGGAAUUAGUUGCUUGUUUUCGCACUCAGUAUGAAGACUUGUGUAGAGAGCUGAAUAUGGAUCGUGAAACGGAAGAAAUUUCAUGGAAUAUGUUCGAGGAAGUCUUAAAACGAUCCACAUUGGAGGGGGAUCCCUUACACUGGUUUUGUUGUGCACUCUAUGCUGCAUGUAGAUUGUCUUACACACCGACGGUGGGCGAAUGCAAUACAAUUGUAAUUGGCAAUUGUAUUUCACUGAAUAAAAUGCUUCGCUGUUGUAAUAUAAGUAUAUCGGAAUUCAUAUCAAAAAUAAAGGUUUGGCAUGAAAUGGCAAACUUGCCAUGCAGUUUCCUUCGUCAAAUUGAAAGAUUGGAACGAACGCCCGGCAUAACUUUUCAUCUUUACUGCCGGUACAAUGAUAUUUUCGAGAAAUUAUUCGUCUCAUCUCGACAUGAUAAGAAAAACACAAAAUACAGGUCUGUUGCACGAUGCUCUGCUAGCAAAUUAUACGACUUAUGUUGGUGUUUAUAUUUGUGUGCUAAAAACGAAGAUCCUAGUUAUAAUAUGGAUAUUGUCACCUCCUUCCAUUUAUUGCUUUGUUGCAUCGAUCUAAUAUACAUAAAUGUGCUCGCGGAGAACCGAGUGGAUCUAAUCAAUCCGGGCUUCGAAGGCAUACCGGAAAAAUGGGGUACUCCGUCUUUUAGUUCUCAAAAAAUCUUUAAUCAUUGUAUUAUUGGAGCUCUGUGUACGCUAACAGAAGCUUUACCUAACGAUGCAAGGGAUAUGAAAGCAAACCACUGCAAAGCGAUUUUUACGAAGUUUUUCCAGACAAAGACACUACAUGGGAAUGAAAAUACGUUUUUAGAAGUCAUUUCGAAUGGCAACUUCGAAAGGAAUGUUAAAUCUUUAAACAGUGCAUAUGAACAGUACGUACUUAGCGUAGGAGAAUUCGAUGAAAGGAUCUUAUUAAGCAAUCCUAAUUAUCGAAAACUAAGCAGUUCAGAUAUUAGCGCCACCACCCAUUCUGUCACAAAUCCACAGACGCCUUACACUCGCAAGCAUAUUUUACCAAACAAAGAGGAAUUUUCUGAACCAGUAGCAAGUGCUACUAAUAAUGUCAAAAAACUAAAAGAUAUAGCGAAACUUUCCGAACCAACCGAUUUUAUAAGGCAAGCGGGAAUAGAUACUUUAAACAAGAUUUAUGAGAAAUUGACACAAAUGCAAAAUGAUUUUAAAUCUGCUUUGGGUAAUGCUGAGGUCGGUAACCGCUUUCAAAUUGCGGAAUCGUUAUUUUUCUAUUUAUUGGAUAAAAUUCUACGAAUAGAAACAAGAACGAAACCUAAUAUAGAUAUCAAAAUUUUACUGAGUACUGAAACUUUCAUAUCGACACUAAUCGCUUGCUGUGUGGAAAUAGUUCUAGAUGCAUAUCAAUGUCAAAUGAAAUUUCCAUGGAUUUUAUCAUGCUUCAGUAUAUCGGCUUUCCAUUUCCAUAAGAUUAUUGAAAUAGUUGUAAGAAGUCAUGACGGUGUACUCUCGCGUCCAUUGAUUAAACAUUUGAAUUAUAUUGAAGAGUCUUGCCUUGAGUCUUUAGCCUGGCAAAGAGGAUCGCCACUGUGGGAUAUCAUCAGAACAUUUGCAUUACCGACAUGGUCUGAAGUAGACGUUGAUAAUUUAGUAAAACGGCAUCAACCUCAGAUGCAGUCUCCAAAUUGUUCAGCAUACGAAACCUUUAGUUCUACAAUUGUCAACGAGUCGACGAGGAGGGACCUCUUUAAUAGUGCGAAAGAAACUACUUAUGAAAACGAGGCUACCUUCAGUUGCAAGAAACAUAUGGACGGCAAUAGACGAGCGGCUUCUUUAACUAUAUUUUGUAGGAAGUUCUAUAAACUUGCUUGGAUUAGAUUAAAAGAGCUGUGUCGUGAACUCAAGUUGGCAGAAGAGCCACAUCUUAAUAAGUUGUGGACGCUAUUUGAAUAUUCAAUAACCCAAAGGACAGAGUUAAUGCAAGACCGCCAUCUGGAUCAGAUGCUUAUGUGUGGAAUUUAUUUAUACAUAAGGGUGCAGGAAAUACAAUUUAAGUCAUUUAUGGAUAUAAUGAAGUUUUAUAGGAAGCAACCGCAAGCUCAAAGUAGCACAUAUAGAGAAGUUCUUAUCGAACCAGCCGAAGAAAAAAAUGGGCCACCGCAAUACCGUGACAUAAUAUAUUUUUAUAAUAACAUAUAUGUUAAAAAAAUGACUCCAUACGCCCUUAAUUUUAGUGGAAAAAAACAAUCACAGCAGAACGUGCCCUUGUCACCACAUCCUACGGAGAAGCAAUCAUAUCCCCGAAAAUUGUCUAAUAAUCUCAUAAUUAUAUCGAGGAUGGAAAAGUCUGAACAUUCACAUUCGCAGGUUUUAACAUAUGAAUUUUCAAAAAGUCCUGGAAAAAAUCUUGAAGAUCUAAAUUAUGUUAUCAGCAGAGGCAAGCGGAAUCUGCCUUUUAAUGAAUUGGAGAGCAGCGAUGGACCUGUUAUUGAAAGAAAAAUUCCGAAGAAAACACCAAUAUUUUUACAAAAAUGCAGAGAAGUUUUGCAAGAUAGACAAGAAGAAAAAAAGUGAAUUCAUUAUAAUUAAUAAUAUAAUUUAUGAAAAACAGAUUUAUAGUGGCAAAACAAACAGUUGGGUGAAAUUUAACUUCUCAAAUUAUAAGAGUAAGGUAUAAAACAUAAAGUUUACUUCAACAUGUAAAAUAUAUAUAAAUUUACCUAGAAUGUAAGCCAAAUAGAGAUAUGAGAUAUGAAAUAUAUUCGACCCUUUAUAUUUAAAGCAAAUGAAAUAA